GCCCUGUCUCUGAUGUUGGGUGAUAUGGCAUGUCCAAUGGCGCUGCAUCGUGAAAGGUGCACGCCAUGCAGCGUGAUGUGCAGCUUCUGCCGUGUUGCAAACCGUCUUGUGGAUGUGGAGUUCGAUUACAAGGCCGUGCCAAUGCUCUGGAGCUUUCCAGGGCAACAUCGUUUUCCUGUCCUUGUCGAUUUCCGUUUUCCAAGCAAUCUCUGCUACCCAACAGGAUACCAAAGAUUCAGCAAACAGAAGCACAAUGGAGUUUGAAGGGAUAAUUCCCCCAGCGGUCAUCAUCAGCUCGAACACCAUGGCUGUUGAUGACGAGUUACUGCCUCUGGCCCCUGCAUUCUUGGACCUGGCAUACACUUCAUUCGACCCCUAUUCCCAUCAGGCCAGUUUCCCGCAUCAUCAACCGCCAGAUCCCACAUAUGGAGGUGGCGAUCACCAUCAGGAACCGAUCGGCUUAUACCACAGUGCCGGUAUGAUGCUUGCCGUAGAUCCGCAGUCGAUCGGAUAUGCCUAUGUGCCGAAUUGCCACUCUUUGAUGCCGGUGUCGACGCCCCUACAGCUACCGGUCCAGCCCUCAACCCAGACCCAAACCCAGCAGAGUAUCAAGACGGACACGCUCAGAAUCGGGGACGCAGAAGCUGUGUGGCAGUUUUAUGAUGGACGUUUCCAACUCUUUGAACAGCGAGGAUGCAUCAUCCUGGCCAGGAUCCUGAUCAAGAUCAUCGCCCCAAAGAAGAAGCAUCACUACCCUUAUACCAAAGGCGACAGCGCCGCGCCGCCUUGGUGGCCACAAGAUGGUGGGGUGGACGAGAAUGACAGAAUUCGACAUGUUGACCCUUCCUACAUUCCCAAGACACCGCGAAUUCGUCUCCUUGUUCACCUCAUCAGACUCAUCACGGAGCCUCAUCACCGACAGCAUCCCGAGAUCCAAGAGGCUAACUUUGACAUUGGACGCUUGGAAUCGGUAGUCAUGGAGACCAUCUCAACCUGGUUCCAAGAAGAGCCCCGAAAUGGGGCAAAGAGGCCAAUCCUGGAGGAAAUAUUCCAUGUUGCCAAAGCAGAGGCAUCGUUCAAGGCUGGCCAGAUUGACGACCAAUCCACCAUCCACGUCUGGCCGGCCAAAACCCUUCGACCCAAAUACCGCAAACGAAGCGCCGCUUACAACCCCACCGCCAACGACUUUGACCUCGAACUCCCACCCGACAUGAGUGACCUCGCCCCCGAUCCGCAGUUUGCCGGGUCAGUGCUGGCGCCGGGUUCGGUACCCGAGAUCUGUCUCGAGGUUCCACCUGGUCCGACGGGGUCCGGGCAAGGGAUCCCUGCACCUGUUGGCAGUGCGGUGUCAUUGCCUUCCCUUCCGCUGCCGAUGGAUAUGAUUCGGCUUCCUGCUAUGGCGGGAGAGUAUGUGGUCGACAAUGGGCAGGAUGUGCAGACGGAGACGUAUGCUGAUCAAACCAAGCUGAUGCAGUAUGGGUAUGCUGUUGGAGGAGAGGAACAACUUGCGGGGGUGGCGUAUACGUCUGUUGGGUUUCCGCAACUCUGCCAUGCUGGGGAAAAUGUGCAUGCAGCGGCGUUUCCGACUGGGGUUAUUGUUUGAUUGAGAUGCGAGACUGUUUGCUGCAUUGGGCGGUGGUGUGUGGAGGUGUCAGGGAAGUGUGCAGAGGGUGACAACUUGUCAGCUACAAGCGAUGACGGCACGAGUUUCUGA